CGUCCAGGGAUGGGGAGCGCUCCAUACCCAGCGGGGGAGUGGAAAGGGAAGGGGAGAGGCGGCCUGCAGGAGCUGGGAUGCAUGCGCUGGAAGGUCAGCAAGCAGAAAGGCGGAGGAGGAGGAGGAGGAGGAGGAGGAGGGGAGGCAGUGGCGCCAGAGGAGAGGAGGAGGUGCAGGGAUCCCACGGACUCCCAGCAGCAGGAUCUCUCAUCCUCCUCUUCCUCCCUCACCCUUCCACUUCCUCCCCCUCUGACACCCCCGCCCAUUUAUCACGAGAAGCAGCGGCGGGAGCUGUGCGCUCUGCACGCCCUGAACAACGUCUUCCAGGACGGGACGGCCUUCAGCAGGGACGCCUUACAGGAGAUCUACCAGAGGCUUUCUCCCAGCACUCUGGUGACGCCGCAAAAGAAGAGCAUGCUGGGAAACGGGAACUACGAUGUAAACGUCAUCAUGGCAGCGCUGCAGACCCGCGGGUUUGAGGCAGUUUGGUGGGAUAAAAGAAGGGAUGUUGGCAGCAUCGAGCUGUCCAACGUAACGGGCUUCAUCCUGAACGUCCCGUCUAACCUACGCUGGGGGCCUCUGCGGCUACCGCUCAAACGCCAGCACUGGAUCGGAGUCCGAGAGGUGGGGGGGGUUUACUACAACCUGGACUCCAAGCUGCGCAGCCCCCAACCAAUCGGAGCGCCCAACGAGCUCAGGAAGUUCCUCCGGCAGCAGCUGCGAGGGAAGAACUGUGAACUCCUAUUGGUCGUCUCAGAGGAAGUGGAAGCGCACCAAACAUGGCGGUCGGACGGCUAGGGGUUUAACUUGCCCCUCUCAACGGGCCAAUCACAGGACAGGAAGUCAAGUCGUUGCACAGCCAAUCACGUGGAUGUAUCUUUCCUUGCUUCUUUUUUGAGGCUUUGUUUACACAGCCAUUGCCGGACUCGUUAUCGGAGAGGAUGCAGAGCAAUGAAGGAAGCAAACACUUUACAGGGAGAAUCACAGUCCUUCACUCACAACACACUUAUACACAUCUGGUGUUUUUAUAUAUACUGUAUAUUGACUAUUUUCCAAAGUCAGUUUUGUUUCUUUUUACUGUUUCCAAAGUGAUGGGAGUUCAUGAAAGAUGCUGUUUAUCCGCAGUGCCGCUCCCGGCUUCAGCCAUGUUUCCCGUCCUUCACUUUCACCAAAGCGUGCCCUUUCUGCCCCUUGUUUUCAUCAUAUCACAGGUCAAAAAUCAAGUGGUUCACCACGUUGCCAACUUUGUAUUUCAUCCACUUUCCCACCAACACAGUUUUAUAUGCAACAGAGCAAUGCAACUCCCGGGCCGAGCACUCCCUCUUCUGGACGCUUGACACGGCAUCAUUUAUCCAGCUUUCUGUCAUUUUUGCAUCAAAUGGUUACUUUAAAGUAGAGAAGAGUGCCGGAAAUAAGGCUAAAGUAAUGGUUUUCAUCUCUCAUUAGAGUGAUACUGCAUACAAGAAGAAAGGAAAUUAGGGAGAAAACCUUCUAUUGUAAUUAUUCAAAACUCACAGAAAUGUGCCGUACUUUAUGUAAACAGCAGUCACAUCUCAGGUCCUCUUUUAAAGCUAGAUCUGGAGUUUAUCGAGCAAGAGUGCAAAAAACCAUUGGAUGCUAACGAUAAUCAUGUCUGAUUGGACUUCAACUGGUUCAUCAGGUCAUAUAUUUCAAAUGAGGGGGAUGAGAACGUGUUUCUAUUUCUCUUCAAAUAAUCUUUUUGAAAAUAACACACUGUUUCAGCCCAGGGAGCUUAACAGUUAAUUUUUGACUUUUAAAGAGGCCCUAUUCUGCUUUAUUGGGGUCUUUGCCUCUGCUGUAGUGUGUUGAAUAGGUUUUUGUGCAUGUAAACGGUCUGCAUAAGCUAAAAUUCCCUCCAGAGCAGCAGGCUACGCUCUGGUUUCAGACGGAGGGUGAAAAGAGGUGCUGCAGCAGGCAGUGUGAGAACAUUAAAGCAUGCAGACAUGUCACAGUAGAGACACUAAACACUGAUAUGAACCUGAAAAUGAGCAGAAUAGGGCCCCUUCAAAAUGAAACCUGCCAAAAAAAGAAUCUGAGAAGACGACAUAAUAAAUCAUAAACACUAAGCGAGGGUCUCAAAUGUGCAAGAGGAGGUUUUAGAAAAGUGUGUUCAGGAGGAGAUGGAGCAGUGUGCCUAGGUGUAGAGUAAAGUAGAGAAGAAAGGAAAGAAGAUUCUGUGUUUUUUGGGCGGAUUUCUGUGAAAGGAGCCUUACGAGAGAUUCCUCUGUUUGUAGCUUUGAAAUCAGCUCGAGAGAAACUGUUAUUUCUAUUGUCUCUAAACGACGAUAUUGGCCUUAACUUGUUUACAUUUAAAAUAUAUACGUGUUGCUCUGAAAGACUAAGAUGCCAUUUAUCAAGAGAUUUAAUCCAAAGCACCAAUUCAUCAGACCAUUUAAAUACGAUGCUUUCACUUUUGCAGCCGAGGGCUUUGUGUCAUUUAUAAGGACAUGUUCUCCUCGACGGUGCAGGUCUCACUUUGGAUCUUCAGCCUCUCAAUGGGGCAUUAUAUCAAAGUGAAGCAUCAGAGAGUUUGUCCUUUAUUUGCUUUUGGAGAUUUUUGGACCUAAUCACUUCAUGUCUCACGAUUGCAUUUAUUCAACAUGUGCUUUUUUUUUUUUUUUGCCAUGACAAUCCAUUCAACCCAUCCUACUUAAGGAAUCCUGAUUGUUGUAUUUCUAUUAUUUUUUUGCAUAGAAAUAAAAUGCUUAUAAUGGCACUUUAUGUAUAAACAGAAGUGUGUUUGUGU